UUGACUUCUGCCCGCUUAUGUUUUCAGAUGUCUAUCAAACGUUUUCCCGGCAAAAAUUGCAAACAAACAACAGAGCAGCCCGGAACUAAUAUGAGUAGACGAAGUAGAGCUUCAACCGACAAACCACCAAAAAGAACACGAACGCGCUACAAUGAAACAGUUAUUUCCACGCGGACAGUUCGAGAUAAGAUGCUGGGCGGAGAACAAGAUGGCCGCCGGGUUCUACUAUCAGAUGAGGAGUAUCGGGACAAAAGUGCAGCUUUGACUUUCGUUACUGAAGGCAAGGCCCUCACAGUUGAGUCAGUGGACUUUCUGUUAGAGGUCAACAGGUCUGACCACCACACGGACGAGUUUGAACAAGAAGACCUCGUCCUGAGACGGGGCCAGGCCUUCAGCUUCAAGCUUCACUUUGACAGGGCUGUCAACAAAAAGAGUGACAUCUUGUUUAUAAAGUUCGCUUACGGAUCUCGGCCCCAAGAAAGCAAAGGCACCAUCAUACGUCUCCCAAUCAACCUUGAUGGUAGUCCCUCCACCACAGACAACUGGCAGGUCACGAUGACUGACCUUGGUGGCAACGUCAUGACUUUGUGCGUGACCUCUGAAGCUGAUUCGAUGAUUGGGAAGUACGAACUUCUCUUUGAGACAAAGUUGAGAGACAGCGAGAAAGACUUUGCCAAUCAGGAUCUCGAUACUUUCUUCUAUCUUCUGUUUAACCCUUGGGAAAAAGAGGAUGUGGUAUACAUGGAGGAUGAAGGAGAGAGGGAGGAAUACGUGGUGAGGGACACUGGCUACAUCUGGGUGGGCUCAGUGAAGGACAAUAGGGCUAGACCAUGGAACUUUGGACAGUUUGAGACACCGGUGCUGGAUGUGGCCCUAGGUCUGCUAGACAAGGGUGAGCUGGCAGAUACUGGCAGGAACAGUGCUGUGUCCAUUAUCAGAUGUCUCUCUGCAUUGGUGAACAGUAUGGAUGAUAACGGCCUGUUGGAGGGUCGCUGGACCUCGGAGUACCCCAAGGGUUGCACGCGGCCCAGUGACUGGACUGGUAGCGUGCCCAUCAUAGAGGAGUUCUACAGGACAGGGAGACCGGUCAAGUUUGGCCAGUGCUGGGUGUUCUCAGGAGUGAUCACUACAUUGUUGCGUUGCCUGGGUAUACCAACGCGGUCCGUUACCAACUUUGAGUCGGCCCAUGACACGGACUGCAGCAUGACGAUAGACAGACACUUCAACGAGGAAGGGGAACCUGUCGAAGACCUCAAUGACUCUGUCUGGAACUUCCACGUUUGGAACGAGUCCUACUUCCGUCGUCUGGACCUGCCGAGGGGGCGCUAUGACGGGUGGCAGGCCCAUGACGCAACCCCCCAGGAGCUGAGUGAGGGGGUCAUGAGGUGUGGCCCCACCCCUCUGGCCGCUGUACGCGAGGGGGAGGUCUACCUGAACUAUGACACGGGGUUUGUGUUCUCUGAAGUCAAUGGGGACAAGAUUGAUUGGAUGGUGUGCCAAGAUGGCAGCAUGAAGGUGUCGAACAUCAACAGGCACUCUAUUGGUCGGUACAUUAGCACUAAAGCCGUGGGCUCCUCUGAGAGACUGGACAUCACAUACCUGUACAAGUAUCCUGAAGGUUCACCAGAGGAACGCAGAGUGGUAGAGUUUGUGGAACAAUUCAGCACGCGCAGGAAACAGAAUAUCUACAGGAAAGAGAUUGGCAAGAAAGAGAUCGACUUUGACCUCCUUUUGGCCAAUGAAACAGUCCCUGGAGAUGACCUUGAAGUUGGGGUCAAGGUGAAGAACUUGACCUCUGACCCCAUCAAAGUCAAGGUCACCCUGACCUUGGCCUCAACUUUCUAUACGGGUGUGGCUGCAAAGACAUUGAAGGGAGAAAUACAGGAGGCGUCGCUGGCAGCUGACCAAGAGACCAUUCUCAAAAUGGUGGUGGUGGCUGACGACUAUGUGUCCACAUUGAACCCAGAGUUGAAGUUCAAGCUGACGGCAGCGUGUCGGGUGGUGGAGAGUAACCGCUUCUAUGCCGAUUCUGAGACCUUUACAUUGAAGUUCCUGUCUCUUGAAUUUGAUGUCCCAAAGAAGGUGUGCUCUCGGAUUGAGACUAAAGUUCCCUUGACAUUUAAGAAUGUUACCAAACUGCGCCUUCACAACUGCGUAUUCCAAGUGGAGGGACCAUACAUAGUGAAGGCUAAAUCCUACCAUAUCAGGAAGGUUGUCAACCCAGGGGACGAUGUGUCUGUCGAUGUGGUCUUGUUACCAUACCGUCUCGGUAACCGUGUCAUUUCAGCAACCUUCUCGUCCAAUGAGAUUGCAGACGUGCUGGGGGAAGCGGUGGUCCAUGUGGUCAGUAAGGCAGAAUGGGACGAACCUGACGGAGGCGUGGAGGCCAUGGAGGUGGAGUCUGCCGUCAGGGGCGGGGCUGGUGACGGCUUGAUUGACAAGCGGGUGGAGUCAGGGGCAGUAAUUGACAAGGAGGCGGAGUCAGGGGCAGUUACUGACAAGGGUGCAGAGUCUGAAGCAAUUAUUGACAAGGGGGCGGAGUCUGAAGCUAAUAUUGAUAAAGAGGCGGGUACUGAAGCUUUGAAUGACAAGGAGCGUAUUGCAGCAGAGGAAAUGGGGGAAAAUGGAGGUGAAGAAACAAAUCAUAAAGAGAAUGGAUCAGAUUAGCUGCAGGUUUUGUUAUAUUCGUUGAAAUGUUUUCAAAGAUAACUCGAAGUAAUCCUAGCACUCUUGGGCAUGACUUUUCGUGAUUGAUGUAAUUUCACUGUUUAAGUACCUGCCAUAUUUAAUAUAUAUAUAUAUAGGACUAUAUGCUGUACUUUUUACUCUUCUUUUCUGUUAAAAAUCUUAAAUCAAACUCUGUUUUAUUAUUAUGAUUAUUUUUGCAUUGGUGUUCAAUUAUAUAUUUGUAAAAUUAAUUUUCGGCUUAACUUUUCUAAUUUGAAAUCUAUAUAUAAAAAAUUCAAAUUGUUUAAUAAAAAACAAAAAUGAACAGAAAUAUGACCAGGUAUGUCCCUUUUCUGUUUCUGGUCUUUUGACCAUAUUCGAAUAUAUGACCAGUUAUGUCCAUUUUCUGUUACAGGUCUUUUGACCAUAUUCGAAUCUCACUCUUUGUCUCUGUUAAAUAAAUAUAAAUGUGCAGUUUGCGGUAACAUAAAAGGCCCAUGUGUAAAGUGUCUUCCAGGAUCAGAGUGAAUGGAGACAUUAUUGAUAUAAAAUAAAAUUAUUGAUAUAAAAUAAACAGAAAAUCACGGGCUAAUACUUUCUUUUAUAACAAUCUUUUGAUUUUGCUGUAGACAAAGAAAGUAUUUGUCUUCAUUAUACCUUACAUGAUCAUUUCUCUAAGAAUUGCAUAAACAAUUCACAGGGCAUAAAUUUGCACUACAUUUGUAUUGCGAUGUCACCCUCGCUUGGAGAUAAAAAAAAAACAAUGGACAACCAGGCUUUAACGAAAUGUGAAACUGUAAGCGUCUUAUGAUUAUAACAUUGCAUAUAUAUUUUUUGAUGUUUAAGGAUGUUAUGUCACUUGUCUGUUUAUUUUAAUUGUAUGUUGGUGCAACAAAACGAUCAUAUAUGUAGAGUAUUCAUAGUAGCAGACAAUCUGUAACAUUUACAUAUUCUGUAUUUGCACAUAUAUAUUACUGUAUCAUUUAUUAGGUAUACAUGUAUAAAGAUUUGCAAUAUAUACAUUACUGAGAAAUUAGGAAACUUGUUUAUAUUAACAUUUACAGCUGUAACCAAACUUGCCUUUAAUUUGUUAUUGUUAAGGUAUGUUUUUAAAUUACAAUGGAGUAUGGUCAUUUGAUAAAUUGUUGUUAGUUAUAUCGUAAGUAGCUUUUGAAUGGUUGUUAUUUGAUUGUUGAAUGCUUUGGAAUGGUGUUUGAGUCAUGUGUCCUUAGCUUUGGUAGUGCUCUAAAUAUUAAGUAUACAGUCUCAUUCAUUUGAGCAAUUUGUGUUAAUAGCAUUGAAAAUGAUUUAGACAGGCCUUGUUUAAAUCCAUACAUUCUCCAUUCAACAGAUCUGGUUGAAAAACCAUUAUCAAGUUGGUGGAUUUCUUUGUUAUUAACUGCUUCAUGCUCAGAUUUGUCUAAUGCCAUAAGUGGAUCCAGACUGCACAACCAUGCAGACUGGUCAGGAGCUACCCUGUCUGUUAAUGAAACCAGUGUGCGCGAUUGCAGCCUUUUUUGCAUGACAGGGCUCUAUUAUACAUUUCCAUCUGUAUCUUUGUUUAUACAAUCUAUUGUGCGGAUCUCAAUUGAAAUGGUCUCUGCUAAAUGCUUUUUUUUAGAGGCAUUGAUGUUGAUUUUACUUAUGUCUUCUUAAUGCAAUAUCCAGAUAUUUUUGUCAAUUCUUUACAAGUAUCUUUAAUUGAAUCAUAACACAUUUGAUUGCUUUUAAUAAAUAUAUAGUAUGUUACAGAUUUUUCAAUUUUAUGCUUAUACAUCUUUAUCAUAGAUGAGCCUUAAUGAGACAUAAUGCAGAAAUAUUGUGUGCUUCCAAUAAAUGCUAUUGUUUUUGUUUUUUGUAAACCCCUUUUCACUAGACUGUAACUUCAUUAUUCAACAAGAAUUGUUUCAAUAACAUGCCUCACAUGUUCAUGGACAACUUCUCCCUAGACUGGAUUUUGGUGUAGAAGACUUCUCCUUUCAACAAAAUAUUCCAUAAAAGCGGAAAGUGUUGUCCCUGAUUAAACUGUGUGGAUUGAAAAGGCUGAUCUGGGGUGACAAUUUACACACAUGAAUUAAGCCCAGAUGUCCUGAACACUUCGCAUAUCUCCUCAACAUUAAAUAAACAGUAUGCUUUUGAAAUACAUCUUUAAGUGUUGCCGAAGUCGAAAUUUAAACACAGAAUGGCAGCUGAAUUUUAUUUAAAAAUGCACCUUGUGUUCAUUUUUGUGCACUUUUGCCUCAAAAGUAUAAAAAGAAGUUUGUAGUGUUCAUUUGUUAUUGGCAAUAAAUGUUUCAUGAUAUUUCGUUCUGACCAGAUCUGAAUUCCUUUUUGGUUUUUGAUAAGUUUGCGCUUACUCAUUCUGUUUACACCUUUGAUGUCAUUUUACAAAAAAAAAUAACAAAUCGUCUGUUUCUAAUGAUUCCCAGAAAAUGAAUGUGUGUUCAAGUUUCUGUGUCUGUAGCAUUACAUAAAUAACCUGUGCUCUGGGAAAACUUAAUGCAUGUGCACAAAGUAUCGUCCCACAUCAUUAGCCAGAGCAGUCGACACUGGCAUUUCUGAGGCGCCACUUUCCCUUUUUAUGAUUUCUUUUUCAUUUAAAGGAAGUUUUCUCUAAACUAAAAACAAGUCUUGGCAGUAUUUGUCGUUCUUGAUUAGUCUGUGCAGACUGCACAGGCCAAUCUGGGACGAUACUUAUCAUACAUGCAGACUGCACAGGCCAAUCUGGGACGAUACUUAUCAUACAUGCAGACUGCACAGGCCAAUCUGGGACGAUACUUAUCAUACAUGCAGACUGCACAGGCCAAUCUGGGACGAUACUUAUCAUACAUGCAGACUGCACAGGCCAAUCUGGGACGAUACUUAUCAUACAUGCAGACUGCACAGGCCAAUCUGGGACGAUACUUAUCAUACAUGCAGACUGCACAGGCCAAUCUGGGACGAUACUUAUCAUACAUGCAGACUGAACAGGCCAAUCUGGGAUGAUACUUAUCAUACAUGCAGACUGCACAGGCCAAUCUGGGACGAUACUUAUCAUACAUGCAGACUGCACAGGCCAAUCUGGGACGAUACUUAUCAUACAUGCAGACUGCACAGGCCAAUCUGGGACGAUACUUAUCAUACAUGCAGGCUGCACAGGCCAAUCUGGGACGAUACUUAUCAUACAUGCAGACUGCACAGGCCAAUCUGGGACGAUACUUAUCAUACAUGCAGACUGCACAGGCCAAUCUGGGACGAUACUUAUCAUACAUGCAGACUGCACAGGCCAAUCUGGGACGAUACUUAUCAUACAUGCAGACUGCACAGGCCAAUCUGGGACGAUACUUAUCAUACAUGCAGACUGCACAGGCCAAUCUGGGACGAUACUUAUCAUACAUGCAGACUACACAGGCCAAUCUGGGACGAUACUUAUCAUACAUGCAGACUGCACAGGCCAAUCUGGGACGAUACUUAUCACACAUGCAUCAAGCCCUGCUUUCUCAGAGCUUGGCUCAGAUAUUUCUUUGCCAUUUGACAACAGUCUUAUAGUUUUCACAAAGUAAAGAGGGCAGUAUUUUGAACUUAGGUGGAUGGCAACAGUUUAAGUAUUUCCCCUGCUGAUGAUUGAAAAUAAAUUGACAAAUUGUUCCCAAAUGUAAAUGAAAUAUAUAUUUGAUUACCGGGGUACCUAAUUUUAAAUGAUGAACACCAUGGGUCUAAUGCUAUAUUCUCCCAACAUAGCUCCAGGAACUACACUUUCUGCUAUAAGGUCAUGCAGGCUGGUCUGGAGCUAGGCUGGCCGAAUGUGGCAGUGGCCUUUUUUCGCAUGACUGGAUGUCAUAUUAAGUGUCGUGAUCUGAGAAAACUGGGCAUAAUGCAUGUGCGUUAAGUGUCGUCCCAGAUUAGCCUGUGCAGUCCGAUCAGGCUAAUCAGGGACGACACUUUCCUCCUAAACUUGAUUUUUGGUAAGGAGGGUCUUCCUUUGAUACUAAAUAUACCAUAAAUGCGUAAAGUGUCGUCCCGGAUUAGCCUGUGUGGACUGCACAGUCUAAUCUGGGAUGACACUUAUGCACAUGCAUUUUGCCCAAUUUUCACAGAACAAGACACUUAUAAUUAUGAUUACCAUCUAAACUUUAUAGAACUUAUAAUACAUAGAUUUGUUGUCUGUAUUUGGCAUACUUUCUAUAUCACUAUGAUUGCUGAUGAAACAUUAAUUUUCACGUCUUGUAAUAAAAAUUGAACUGUA